AUGCCAAAGAGUUUGGGCCGUGCGCUCUUGCUGACUGGGGACGCGUCCAAAGAAGAGGCAGUUCGGGAGGAGCUCAUCUCAGAUUCUGACGGGAGUGUGUGUGUGUGUGUGUUUUCUCCAGAUUCUGACGGGGGUGUGUGUGGCAGCAGUCAGCUGUUGAAGGUCACCUUGACGAUGCACCGGCUCCUCAUCACCUCCCAAGACCUACUGGAACGCCUAGCGACCCUCUUUAAGAGUGCUGUGGAGAACAACAGAAGAGCCGAAUGCCAGAAGAUCUGCUACCUCAUCAGGUACUGGAUGCGAGAGUUCUGGCCCAUGUUCCGUCUCCAUGACAACCUGUCACCGGCGCUGCUCCGUUUCCAGGAAGUGGUGCGUGAGCGCGGAGAGGAGAGACUCUGCCCCCUACUGGAGACCAAGUGCAUUAACGAGAGGGCGUGGUCUCGGAAGGCGAGUCAGCGAAUCAAAGCGAACUACAGUAAGAAGAGGAAGGUGUCUCUGCUGUUCGACCAUCUGGAGCCUAAGGAGCUGGCCGACCACCUGACAUUCCUGGAGUACAACUGCUUCUGCAAGAUAUCAUUUGCAGAGUACCAGAACUACAUGCGAGAGGGGUGUGUGAAGUCUAACCCCAUGUUGGAGCGUUCUAUAGCACUCUGCAACGGAGUCUCACAAUGGGUGCAGCUGAUGGUGCUCAGUAGGCCCACAGCUCCACUGAGGGCAGAAGUCUUCAUCAAGUUUAUACACGUGGCACAGAAGCUGCGCCAGAUGCAUAAUUUCAACACGCUGAUGGCCGUGGUGGGGGGCCUCUGUCACAGCGCCAUCUCUCGUCUUAAAGACACCGCCUCACACGUGCCCCCGGACGUCAUCAAGGUCCUCAGUGAGAUGACGGAGCUUCUCUCCUCCUCGUGUAACUAUGAGGGGUACCGCUCGGCGUUUGGGCGCGUCACAGGAAGCAAGAUCCCCAUUCUGGGCGUGCACCUGAAGCAGCUCGUUACCGCUAACGAGCUCAUGAGCGACUACCUGGACGGACAGGUUCACCUGCAUAAGCUCCAGACCCUCUACACACACAUCGAGGAGCUCGUUCAACUGCAACACACACCCCCUCGCCUGGAGGCCAACAAGGACCUGGUGCAUCUAGGCAAGCUGUCUCUGGAUCUGUACUACACUGAGGACGACAUCUAUGAGCUGUCCUACGUCAGGGAGCCCAGGAACUGCAGAAUACCGCCUGCUACCCCUCUGCGUCCUCCAGUAGUGGUCGACUGGGCGUCAGGAGUGUCACCGAGGCCGGACCCCAAGACGAUACGCAAACACGUACAGCGCAUGGUUGACUCUGUCUUUAAGAACUAUGACCCCGAUGAGAAGGGCUUCAUAUCUCAAGGGGAUUUCGAGAAGAUCGCGGCCAGCUUCCCCUUUUCAUUCUGCCUGAUGGACCGAGAGAGGGAGGGCAUGGUGAGCAGGGAUGAGAUCACGGCCUACUUCAUGCGAGCCAGCGUCAUCUGCUCCAAACUGGGAGUCGGAUUCGUCCAUAACUUCCAGGAGACCACCUACAUGAAACCCACCUUCUGUGAUAACUGCUCCGGCUUCCUGUGGGGCGUAAUCAAGCAAGGCUACCGUUGCAGAGACUGUGGUAUGAACUGCCAUAAGUUGUGUAAGGAGCAAGUUGCCUUUGAGUGCAAGAAGAACUCUCGGCCCGUUGCCCCCGGCGACAGCAGCCCCGCAAGCUCCACCCCCUCUGCACACCGCACGCAGGAAGGUGUGGAGGCCAGUUCCUUCUCGUACCCGACGAGUGACGAGUCAUCAGACGUCUCGGCAACACCCACUUCCUUAAGCCCCUCCCCCUUGUCCCAUCGCAGACUACGAUUGCCGCUCUCCCUGGCCGCACACACACACACAGACACGCACACGCACACACACACACCCCUCUCCUUAGCCACACACACAGACACGCACGUGCACACACCCCUCUCCUUAGCCACACACACACACACAGACACGCACACACACACGCACACACCCCUCUCCUUAGCCACACACACACACACAGACAUGCACACACACACACACACACCCCUCUCCUUAGCCACACACACACACACAGACAUGCACACACACACACACACUCCCCUCUCCUUAGCCACACACACACACACAGACACGCACACACACACGCACACACCCCUCUCCCUGGCCACGCCCCCCGGCACAGGGGGGGUCAGCCGCGCCACACAGACCGACCCCGUCCUCGACCCCAUCCCCAUGACGAUGACCUAUGACCCCUCCAUCCCCCACCCCCACACACCCCUCAGCCCCCUGAGCCCCCUGGGCCCUAUGCCUGUGAGCCCCGUGCCCGUGCGGAAGAAGAAGGCCUACGCCAAAUGGGAGAACCGCGUCUCCACUCUGCUGCCCCCUGGCGAGCAGGAGAGGAACGACGCCAAGCCCAGCUAUGAACAUCUGGAGAAGGAGAAUGAGGAGCUGAAGAGGAGCAACGCGUCUCUGAGUCGUAAGCUGAAGGAGGUGCGAGAGGAGGCAAACUUCCUCAAGACUCUAUUGAGGAGGCGCAAUACACACGACGAGGACUCCUCUUCCUCCUCCUCCUCCUCAUCAUCAUGAGGGACAGUGUGUGUGUGUGUGUGUGUGUGAGAGGAGGCGAACUUCCUGAAGACAUUACU